AUGCCAAAGUAUCUCAGCAGAUUCGUCACCAGCCAAUCACCAUCGCCCUUCGCGUCUAGACUGCACCUUACUCCCCGCCUUUCACCCGGAAAGAGCAUCCAUCCGCGGAGAAAUCAUUACUACGCCCAUCCCUAUCGCAUGCUUUACAACACGUCGCCCGCCCCUCCUCUCUCCCCCUCCCCCCCCGCCCCUCCCCCACCCCCCUGCACGCACCUCACCGCCCCGGGCCCCCGCCGAACCCUCUCCCGGCCGCGGCCCUGUCCCCCCAGCCUCCCCAACGCGCCGCCUCCGCGCCCGCGAUGA